AUGACUCCAGAACAAUUCAUACUAGGAGAAAAAGCAUAUAAAACAGCAAAGAAAUCCUUACUUUCAUUAAAGAAGCAUCAUGAAAAUGAUUCUAAGACAUCAAUAAACUUAAUCAUAAAUAUUAAAAUUCAAUUGGUUAAAACAAAAGAUUAUAGACCUAGGAUUGUUCCAAUAACUUAUAAAUUAGAUAAAGUUACAAAUAAAUCCAUAUUACUUAUUACUAAAGAUCCAUCUAAUAAAUAUAGAGAUGAAUUAACUAAGAAAGAUUGUCCUACUGAAGAUACAUUUCUGGAUAUUUAUUCAUUUAAAAAAUUGAAAAGUUUAAGUAAGAAUAGAAAAAAUUUAAUUAAAAUUUUUAAAGAAUAUGAUUUAAUAGUUUGUGAUAUUAGAAUUCAAAAAUUUUUACCUGAUAUAUUAGGAGAAAUAUUUUAUUUAAAAAAUAAAAAAGUUCCAUUUAUUAUUCAAAUGGCAAAACCUAAUAAAGAUGCAGAAUUAAUUCGAUCAAAACAAAAUAAAUUAAAAGAUGAAAGAUGUGAUUCAAAAUACGUCAAUUUACAAAUUAAUUCAAUUGUUGAAAAUACAAAUUAUAUAGCUAGUUCAAAAGGUGAUUGUUUAAGUUUAAAAAUUGGUUAUUGUGAUUGGAAAUUAGAUCAUUUAUUGAUGAAUUUAAAUGAUGUUAUUGAUUAUUUAAUUAAUGAAAAAUAUCUUCCAAUUGGUGGUGUUUUAAAAGCAUUAGAUAAUUUAGGUAAUGUUCAUGUUAAAACAAGUGAUAGUAUCAGUUUACCUGUUUAUAUUAAACAUAAAGAUGGUGAAAAUGAUACUAAUGAAGACGAUGAUGAUAAUAAUAGUGAUUUUGAUUUUUAA